CUGCCCGACAUUAUCUCCAUCCAGACUCCGCUGGAAAGGAGGUUGAAAUGACGGAUGCAACCAUGGGGGAGAGACCCGGGGACAGUUUAUUUACAUUGGAAGAGGCUGUGUAAGUUUAGAGGGAAGCCGCUGCCUGUGUCUCCUCUUUACUUUCACCGACCCCCUCCUCCUCCGCUGGCAGAAAUUUAUAAAGAACAAAAAAUCCGACGAGGGAGGGAGGGGGGUUGAUAUACGCCGAGGCUGAAAUCGAGAGGCGAACCCAGGGAAAGAGGAGUAAUUUGUACACGGGACUUUCCCCCUCUUAGUCCCCCAAAAGGAGGGGGAAAAGUCGCAAUAUUGGAAACGAGAAGGAAUGAGCUUCUAAGGGCGUGAAAACGUCUGCAAUUGUGGAUACUUUAUAUAUUUUUAUUUCGAAAAAAUAUGGCCGAGAACGUUCUGGACUCUGGCCCGCCUUCAGCCAAGAGGCCUAAACUCUCCUCUCCGGCACUUUCCGCCUCCGCCAGCGAUGGAAAUGAUUUCGGCUCACUGUUUGACUUGGAGCAUGAUCUCCCAGACGAGCUCAUCAGCUCCAAUGAACCAGGCCUGGUCAAUGGCGGGGAUCUCAGCCAGUUGCACACCACUCUGGGAGGAGGACCUGCAGGGCUGGGUCCUGGAGGAGGCAGUGGAGGGGCAGGAGGACUGGGACUUGGACUUGGUCCUGGCGGGGGCCAGGAUGCGGUGGCCAAGCACAAACAGCUUUCCGAGCUUUUGCGUUCAGGGGCACCCACCUCGGGCCAACAGGGGCACCAAGGAGCCAUGGGCAGCCCAGGAGGCCCCACUGCCAUGGGGCAACACUUGGCAAACAUGAAGGCAUCCCCUGGCCAGGGGCCUCCGCAGAUGAUGGGCCAGGGGCAGCAGCAGCACCUCUCCCCUCAGCAGCAGGCCAACAUGAUGCAGCAACAGAAUGCUGUAGCUGGAAUGAUGGGUGGCAUGAACAGGGCCAUGAUGGGAGCGCAGCAGAAAGGCAAUAAUGGACAGCAGCAGCCAGGCAUGAUUGGAAGCCAGGUGAUGAAUGGCUCCCCCAGGAUGGGCUUUGGGAAUCAGGGGAUGGGUGGCAACAGCAACCUGUUGGCCGAGACCCUGCAGCAGCAAGGAGCUGGGGGCCAGGCUGGGAUGAGAGGCCAGCAGCCUGGAGCAAUGAACAAGAUGGGGAUGAUGGGGAACCCAGGGGGGCCUUUUGGAGGUCCAUAUGCAGGGCAGGGGAAUCAAGGUCUGGGAGGCGCAGGGCUGGGCCCUCAGCUCCAGAACAAAGGUCCCAUGGGCAACAGCCUGGCCCCGUUCAAUGUGGACAAGAAGAACCAGCCCAUGCAAGGAAUGGCCGCCAUGGGCUCCCAGCAGUCACAAACAGGUGUGGGCGGCCCCUCUAGUGCACCUGUGGGAGGUGCCCCAGGAAUGGUGCCCAACGCUCAGGCAAGUCUGGUGGGUCCCAGUGCCCAGGUUUCUGCAGCAUCUGCCGCUGCUGGAGCGCCGCCCACAGCUGACCCUGAGAAGCGCAAGCUAAUCCAGCAGCAACUGGUGCUCCUGCUUCAUGCACACAAGUGCCAGCGGCGGGAGCAGGCCAACGGUGAGGUCCGGCAGUGCAACCUGCCCCACUGCCGCACAAUGAAGAACGUCCUCAACCACAUGACUCACUGCCAGGCUGGCAAGUCUUGUCAGGUUGCCCACUGUGCAUCAUCGAGGCAGAUCAUCUCCCAUUGGAAGAACUGCACGCGGCAUGACUGUCCUGUGUGCCUGCCGCUGAAGAAUGCAGGGGACAAGAGGAACCCGCAGUCUCUACUCGGUGCAACAGCUGCAGGUCUGGGCAGCUCUCUUGGGGCAGUACCUGGUGGCCAACCAAGUGCUCCCAGCCUCAAUCCGCCGAGUCAGAUUGACCCCAGCUCCAUAGAAAGAGCCUACGCAGCCCUGGGCCUCACCUACCAGGGCAACCAGAUCCAAGCUCAGACUGGCCAGCCCAAUAUGUCCAACCAAGGCUUGCAGGCUGGCAUGAGGCCUCUGAACCCAAUGGGUGGGAAUCCUAUGGGAGUCAAUGGAGGUGUGGGAGCUUCCCCUCAGAGUCAACAAGCCAGCCUGUUGCAGGAUACCAUGAUGCACCUCAAUGUGAACAGCCAAGGUCUGAUGAAUGAUGCUGGUGGGGUUGGCUCCAUGCCCACAGCAGGCCCUCCCUCUGCCUCAGGCAUGAGGAAAAGCUGGCAUGAGGACAUCACGCAGGACCUACGAAACCACUUGGUACACAAACUUGUCCAGGCCAUCUUUCCGACUCCAGAUCCUGCUGCUCUCAAGGACCGGCGAAUGGAGAACUUGGUGGCCUAUGCCAGAAAGGUUGAGGGAGACAUGUAUGAGUCAGCAAACAGUAGAGCUGAGUACUAUCAUCUGCUAGCGGAGAAGAUCUACAAAAUCCAGAAGGAGCUGGAGGAGAAGAGGAGGACCCGUCUCCAGAAGCAGGGUCUGGGCCUCGGGCCUGCCGGCAUGGGUCAGCCCCCAACUGGACUGCCUCCAAAUGGUCCCCUCCCUGACCCAUCAAUGGUGCGACCAGCUGGACCUAAUCAGAUGGUCAACAGGAUGCAAGGCCCAGGUAUGAAUCAGUUCAAUCAGAUAGGCAUGCAGUCUAUGGGCCAGAGAUCCACACCUCCUCUCCCCAUAGGAGCACCUGGCAACCAGAUGGGGAUGGUCGGACCCAGGAUGGGGCAGCCUAAUGUCAACCAGCUGCAGAACCAGUAUCUGUCCCAGGGACAGUUUCCUGGCUCAGGACCAGGAGUUGGAGCAGCUCAGCCUGGGAUGGCUCAACCUGGCGUACCGGCAGGCAUAGCACAGACACAGAUGGGCACUCCUCCCUCGCUUCCAGUUGCUAGUCCUCUAGCACAGCCAGGUUCAGCCAGUGGUCCCAGUGGCGUCUCCACAGUGGGGCCCAUGGGUCCUCAGAGCGUGGGUGGUGCAGGUCCCAACUCAGCCGUCGGAGCCCCCGCUUCCUCAAUGACUCCAUCUAACACAAACCAGCAACCCAACUCCAUCCCCCAUUUAGCAGCCAUGCGUGGCUCACCCUCCCCUGCUCACAGCCGGUCCCCCGCUCACAGCCGAUCUCCUACUCCUCACCAAACACCCCCGAGACUAGCCGGGUCCCAGACCCCACAGCCUCACACCCCUAACGCACCACAGCUGGGUCCACCUUCAGCCCCCCAGCAGAACCAGCUUGGUCAGGGCCCCGGCUCUAACAAGCCCAUCCAGCAGCAGCAUAUGGGGCCGGCUGGUUCAACCACUCCAUCUCAUCCCGGAUUGGCCUCCAGCUCGACGCCGCACGGUGCUCAGCUGCCACGCACUCCGUUGUCCCAAAAGGGUUCAUUCCCAGCGGACAGUCAGGCCCUGACUCCAGCCUCUGUCAGCAGUCUGGACACUUCCUCCCAGCAACCACAGUCGAACGCCUCAGCCACUAACCUCGACCCCAAGAUGGAGGUCAAGCAGCAGGAUGAGGAGGAGGAGAGCGACACCGGCAGUUGCUCCAAAGGAGGGAAGCUCAGCAACCUCAAAACAGAGGAAAAGCCUGUGAAAUUAGAGCUGAAAAAGGAGGAGUGUACCGGAGAGGGAGGUAAAGGGGUUCCCAUGGACACAUCGGCAACAACGCCGACAUCGGGUGUCAAGACAGAAGACAGGAAACCGGAGGUAAAGAAGGAGGUGAAAGAGGAAGAGGAGUCUUCGGAGGCAGCUACACCAGUUCCAGUGAAAAAGAAGAUCUUCAAGCCAGAGGAGCUUCGUCAGGCCCUGAUGCCCACACUCGAGUCUCUCUACAGACAAGAUCCAGAGUCUCUGCCCUUCAGAAUGCCUGUAGACCCACAACUGCUGUGCAUACCUGAUUACUUUGAUAUUGUGAAGAACCCAAUGGAUUUGUCUACUAUCAAACGCAAACUGGAUACAGGUCAGUACCAGGAUCCCUGGCAGUAUGUGGAUGACAUCUGGCUCAUGUUCAACAACGCCUGGCUGUACAACCGCAAAACAUCCAGGGUGUACAAGUACUGCUCCAAGCUGGCCGAGGUUUUCGAGCAAGAGAUUGAUCCCGUCAUGCAGAGCCUUGGCUACUGCUGUGGGAGGAAGCUGGAGUUCUCUCCUCAGACACUGUGCUGCUACGGAAAGCAGCUGUGCACUAUUCCCAGAGAUGCUGCUUACUUCAGCUACCAGAACAGUUCACCAAAAUUUGGGCUUAUUGCUGACAGGUACCACUUCUGCGAGAAGUGCUUCAACGAGAUCCAGGGAGAGACGGUUUCCCUGGGCGACGACCCCACCCAGCCACAGACAUCGAUUAACAAGGAGCAGUUUGAAAAGAAGAAGAACGACACACUGGACCCUGAGCUGCUUGUUGAAUGUAUGGACUGUGGGCGCAGGAUGCAUCAGAUUUGUGUCUUGCACCAUGAAACAAUCUGGCCCUCAGGUUUUGUAUGUGACGGCUGCUUAAAGAAGACAAACAAAACCAGGAAAGAGAACAAAUACUCUGCCAAACGGUUGCCUCAGACGAAAUUGGGCAGUUACCUAGAGGUGAGGGUGAAUGACUUCCUCAAGCGUCAGAUCCACCCUGAGGCUGGAGAAGUCUUUAUUCGCGUUGUCCACGUCUCUGACAAAGUGGUGGAGGUCAAACCAGGCAUGAAGUCCAGAUUUGUGGACAGCGGAGAGAUGUCAGAGUCUUUCCCAUACAGGACAAAAGCCCUUUUUGCAUUUGAGGACAUUGACGGGGCAGAUGUCUGCUUCUUUGGUAUGCAUGUUCAAGAGUACGGAUCUGACUGCCCUCAGCCCAACCAGAGGCGAGUAUACAUCUCCUACCUGGACAGUGUACACUUCUUCCGGCCUCGCUGUCUAAGAACUGCCGUCUACCAUGAAAUCCUCAUUGGCUACUUGGAAUAUGUCAGGAAGCUGGGCUACACCACUGGGCACAUCUGGGCCUGUCCACCAAGUGAAGGGGACGACUACAUCUUCCACUGUCACCCUGCAGAUCAGAAGAUCCCAAAGCCCAAACGCCUCCAGGAGUGGUACAAGAAGAUGUUAGACAAAGCUGUGGCAGAGAGGAUAGUGCACGAUUACAAGGAUAUCUUCAAGCAGGCGACAGAGGAUCGUUUGACCAGUGCGAAGGAGUUGCCUUACUUUGAGGGUGACUUUUGGCCCAAUGUGCUGGAGGAGAGCAUCAAAGAGCUGGAGCAGGAGGAAGAGGAGAGGAAAAGGGAGGAGAACAGCACUUCCAAUGAGAGCAUUGAUGACACGAAAGGUGACAGUAAAAAUGCAAAGAAGAAGAACAACAAGAAGACGAGCAAGAAUAAGAGCAGCCUGAGCAGAGCCAAUAAGAAGAAGCCAGGGAUGCCCAAUGUCUCCAACGACCUUUCACAGAAACUCUAUGCCACUAUGGAAAAACACAAAGAGGUGUUCUUUGUGAUCCGGCUGAUUGCAGCACCAAUGGCAAAUGCCUUGCCCCCUAUAUCAGACCCAGAUCCCCUGAUGGCAUGCGACCUCAUGGAUGGUCGUGAUGCCUUUCUGACAUUGGCCCGAGACAAACACCUGGAGUUCAGCUCACUGAGGAGGUCCAUGUGGAGCUCUAUGUGCAUGUUGGUGGAGUUGCAUAACCAAAGCCAAGACCGCUUCGUCUACACUUGUAAUGAGUGCAAGCACCACGUGGAGACUCGUUUCCACUGUACCGUCUGUGAGGAUUACGACCUGUGUAUCACAUGUUACAACACUAAGGGCCACGUCCACAAGAUGGAGAAGUUAGGCCUUGGUUUGGAUGAUGAGAGCAGCAACCAGGCAGCCGCAACCACUCAGAGCCCUGGAGACUCUCGUCGCCUCAGCAUCCAGCGCUGCAUCCAGUCCCUCGUCCACGCCUGCCAGUGUCGAAACGCAAACUGCUCUCUGCCGUCCUGCCAGAAGAUGAAACGCGUCGUUCAGCACACAAAAAGCUGCAAGAGAAAAACCAACGGUGGCUGCCCCAUCUGCAAGCAGCUUAUCGCAUUGUGUUGCUACCAUGCUAAGCACUGUCAGGAGAACAAGUGCCCAGUUCCGUUCUGCCUAAACAUCAAGCACAAGCUCCGCCAGCAGCAGCUGCAGCACAGACUCCAGCAAGCUCAGAUGCUAAGAAGGAGGAUGGCCAGCAUGCAGAGAGUGGGCCAGCCUGCUCCUGGAGGAGCUCCUGGGGGCAAUGGCCUGCCUUCUCCAGGAGCCAACAAUGGAGCAACUGGUCCUGGUACUCCUACAUCUGUAGGCACACAGCCUCCCACCCCACAGACACCCACUCAGGCAAACAUGCCUGCACUUCCUCAGCAACAGGGAGUUGGGAUGGGUGGAAUGGGGGGAAUGGGAACCCCAGGCCAACAGCAGCAGGUUCAGCAGCAGGGUGGUGCCAUCCCCCCUCAACACCAUCUUCAUCAGUUUCAGCCAGUGGCUGGAGGAGGUGGAGGGGGGAUGAUGAACUCUCCUCAGCAGCAGAUGGUGCCUCAGCUCCAGCAGCAGCCUCCUAAUGUCCAGCAGCAGCAACAGCAGCACCCUGGUGGUUUGCCUCCAUACAACCCCAGACCACCUGGGGCUUCUCCUCUCCACCAGUCCCUGGGCAAACCUGGACUGGGUCCAGCCACACCACCCCAGCAGCAGCAACAACCCAGCCAGGGCCAGGGGUCCAUGCAAGGCCAGCAGCAAGGGCCCCCUCUGGCUGCUGUAGAGACAGCCCUAAAAAUCCAGCGUCUAGCAGAGACCCAGAGACAGAUGGCUCAGGCCCAGGCUCAAGCCCAGAUACGUGGCUUGGGACAGGGGGGCAUGAUACCCUCACAUCCUCACCACCAGAACCCCCAGGCCCAGAUGGGCAUGCCCCACAUUGGGGCCCAGGGCAUGCCCCCUCAGGCUCAGGGAGUUGUUGGCAGGACUAUGUUAGACCCACAGCAGCAGGGAAUGCUGGCGGGGAUGCAGCAAGGUGGCCCUCAGUCACAGCUGCCACCACAAGUGCAGCAGCAGCUCCAGCAAGUCCAGCAGGCAGGUGGUGGCCAACUUCAGCCAGCAAACCAGCAGUGGGGUGCUGGCGGACCAGCCAUGAACUCACAACAAAGGCCAGGCAUGAUGGGUCACAUGGCACCACAGCAGCAGCCAGCAGUCGCUCAGCAACAGCAGCAGCCAAUGAAUCAGCAACAGCCGCAACCAGGAAACCGCGGGCUGAUGCAGGUAAUGGGUGUAUCAGGUGGGGCAGCAGGGGCACCCAAUCCAAUAGCAGCUGCAGCUGCAUCAGGAAACCUUCCACAGGCAGCACUACAAGACCUCCUGAGAACACUGCGGUCUCCAAGCUCACCCCUCCAACAGCAGCAAGUCCUCAACAUCCUGCGCUCCAACCCCACCCUUAUGGCUGCUUUUAUCAGGCAGAGAGCAGCCAGGUAUCAGGGUGGUCAGGGCGGCCCUGGAGGACCAGGAGGGCCUCCACAAGCGGCCCCUGGAGGUGUGAGGUUCCAAGGGGCUGCUGGAGUGCUUUCUGGUGUAGGAGGGCCCGGGCCUAACCAGCUUGCUAACAUGGAUGGACAACAGCAGGUUAAUGUGAACCAGCCAGGCCAGCCAGGGAUGAACAUGACUCAGGGUGGAGCAGGGGGAGGGAACAUGCCCACCAUGGCUCAGAUUCAGCAGUUACAACAGCAACAACAACAACAGCAGCAGCGACCAAUGUUGCCUGGGAAUCUACAGCAAAUGGCUGCAUUACAGCAGCAGCAGCAACAACAACAGCAGCAGCAGCAGGGAGCAAUGCAAGCAGGGCAACAAGGCAACAUUACCAACAUGACCCCGCAGUUCAGAGAGCUGUUGUUGAGAAGACACCUGCAGCAGCAGCAACAACAACAACAGCAGCAGCAGCAACAGCAGCAGCAGCAGCAGCAACAACAACAACAACAACAGAUGGGAAACCAUGGGCAGUUCCAGCAGGCUCAAGGACUCCAGCAGCAGCAGCCAGGCCAGCAAGGUUUCAUGCAGCCUGGCCAGGGAGGGCAAGGGAUACCCCCUUCCCAACCUCAGUCUGGAGGUGGAGGCGGUCCCCAGCAGCAGCAGGGAGGACCACAGGGUGGGCCAGGACAGCUAGGUCAGCAGCAAAACUACUCCAACUCCAUGUCACAAGUAGCUGCAGCGAUCCAGCAAAGGCUCCAGCAUCAGAUGCAGAUGCAGCAACAACAGCAACAGCAGCAGCAGCAGCAGAAUUCAAUGGGUGGUCUUCAAGGACAAGAUGGAGGGCCCGGUGGAGGUACUGGAGGACCAGGAGGACCCCCGCUCCAACCUGGACAAGGCGGACCAGGGCAGGGGCAGCAGCAGCAAGGUGGAGGAGGUGGCGGGCCUCCACUGCAGCAGACAUCCCAAGGUAUGCUUCAUCCGAACAUCCACCAGAGGCUCCUGCAGCAGCAGCAUCUUGGUGGGGGCUCUCCAGCCCAGCACAGCAGUCCCAUGAGUCCCCAACAGCAGCUGGCGCAGUCCCCCCACCCCCACCUCCAAGGACAGGGAGGACUUGGUCCUGCCGGGUCGCUCAGCAGUCAGGUCAGGUCGCCUCAGCCCUCGCCAAGGCCGCAGUCACAACCUCCCCACUCCAGCCCGUCCCCACGCAUGCAGCCCUCCUCCCAACCUCAGCCUCAGCCCUCACCUCACCGCAUCUCCCCGCAGACCCAGACCGGCUCACCCCACCCAGGUCAUCUCGGCCAACAUCACCCCAGUAUGGCGCCGCCCCAACCUCCACAACCCCAGCAGCAAGCGUUAGCUCAGCAGCAGCCGGGUAACUCUGUAGAUCCUGGGCAGUUCAGCUCAGACCAGAACUCCAUCAUGUCCCAGCUGAGUGGGAUGACAGGGAUGCACGGCGUACAGGGGGGACAGUCGGACAUGUUGGGCGGGAAUAAUAACAGCAGCGACAACAACCAGGAGCUGGGGACGAACAUUAACCACAGCAGUUUAGACCUUAUGUAGCCUUGACUCCAUACUGUCUCUCUGUCUUGAUGCUCUGAUCAGUUGCCCCAAAUGACAAACUGCCAUGAAAGGAGAGCGAGGUGGGGACUACUGCUUUGGGGUUUUAGAAGUUUUUAUUUUUAUUUAAAUAUUUUUGUGAUGUAUAAAUACGAACUGAAGCUUCCUUCCUAUGGGAGAUGCAACAUAAAUCUUAGAAGUCAAUAAAUGAAUAAAUUAAAACAAUGGUAAGUUAUUGCUGUUAAUAUAUAUCUAUAUAUUUUUGCCAAUUGUGUACAAAAAGGUGGAAGGGCAGUGUUUCAGGUUGAAGAUAUUUCUUCCUUAGUCUAUGACACAAUAUUUUUGGGGACUGAGAAUUUUGCCUUUUUAUGAAUAUUUUUAAGAUUUUAAAUGUGGCUAAAAAUUAAAAGUGAGUUGACACGAUGUACCUUUUUUUUUUUUUUUUAAUUGUUUUUGUUUUCCUCCUCAAAUACCCAGUCAUAAUGGUAUCUAUUUUGCAGAGAGUUAAGUAUAUUUUAUUUCUGAAUUUAUUAUUAUUUUUUUCUCCCUCAAUGGAUUGUAAUACAAGCAUCAACAUAUCUUCUGUUACAGGAAUCUUUUUCUGGACAGUUUUCACAGCAAUGUACAUUUUACAGCGACUGCAACAAUUCACAUAUAUAGAAUUUAUUUUAUACGAUGAGGUGGGUGGGAGGGUGUGUUCAAUGCAGUUUGAGUUUGACAGGUUUCCUAGUUGUUUUUGUUUGUUUUUGACAGGGUUUAUAGGUUGGAAUUAAAACCUCAACAGUGUUUCGGGGAGCGGGUGACACUGACCGUGGGUUUGGUCAUAUUUGUAUGUUGCCAGAUCCGCAGAACAAAUUGUUGGGCCACCUCUCCAUCCUCCAUCUUCAGUUCUCCUAUGAAUGUGCACACCUUUCUUACCCUCACCCCCACCCUCCCCUUGCAGGAAACGGAGGGAUGAACUGUUGAUGUCUGAUCGUCUAGCUUCUGUUUCAAGCUGGCCGAUGUUAAAAGGUUGUGCGUGUACAUAUAUUACAACCUUGUUCUGAACUGUGAUGCUGAGAAGAGGUCGAUAACGUUUUUUGGGCUGCAGAGUUUACGAAAAUCCUGCCUGUAUCUUCAACUCCCUCAACGGUUUCCCUUUUGUUCCUCAUCCUCAUGACUGCCCCUCAGCCACAAGAUUUAAUUCAAUGUUAGUACUGUACAAAGUAAGAAAUGGUGGACUUAGAUACUGUUUUUGUAAUGAAAGUGAAAGGUGUAAAAAAAACCACAACUGUAUAUACUUUAAAACCUUAAUAUGAGCAGAGGAAUUGUUUUCUGCUGCUUGUUUCCCCUCUUGUUUGAUUGGAUAUUUGCUGUAUCUGUUUAAAAAAGUACUCCUGAGCUACUGUACAGUAUUGAGAUUCUUUUCUAAAAGGUACAGUAUGGGGUGUAGUAGGUCACAAGCACCAAUGCGCCUUUUUCUGUGUAUUUUUGACAAGGUUUUAGGGAGGGAGGGGUUAUCGCAACAAGUCACACCUGAACAAUCUCAAAAGUUAGAACCUGCACGAAGUAGAGCUGAGACGGGGUUGAUUAGAGGUGUGAUCCGGAAGAGUUUAAAUUUGGUCAUUUAGCUUUUUAUGGAGAGGACUGAAGACACAAUAUUCACAUGCUCACUAUUUUUCUCAAAAGGUUGGGCUUGCUGGGUAUGGGGAGGGGAUGCAUCAGAACCAGGUGGCAAUAUAUCUUGAGACUUAUUUUAUAAGAAAAAAAAACAAGGAAAAACUGUCUUUUAUAUAUAGAUAUAUUAUUUAAUUUUAUUUUUUGGAAAUAAAACUUGAAGCUACAGGAAUUAUUAGAUAAAAACAUGUUUUGUUUUGUAUUAAAGAUGUUAUGGUGAUGCAAAAAGACACUGCAGACAGUCAUUCAGUUUGCUCUGGGGAGGCCGUGGAGUAUAUUAUACCAUCCUUUUUAAGAAAUGUUUCAUGUACAUGAAUAUAGUUGUAAACAUACUGAAUCACUGUACAAACUGAUGGCAACUGAACAAAUAGUUUUGUUUUAAUCAUUUCUUCUCCUAAAAAGAGACUGGAAAUAAGACUAUUUAAAUAUUUGUUUAGUAUUCAAAUGGAAUCUUUGACCACUUUUUCGUUCCUCUUGUUAACAAUUUUGGUGCUUGCUGAGAGAAAGCAAAAAUAACUGUUGCUCCAUUUUCAUUAGUUUCUUUUUUUUUUUAAGUUAUUUUGGUGGUCUGAUUGUUUUUUGCCAAUAAAUUAAUUGUACAAUAAAGUAUGUUUGUACCAUUGGAAAAA